AUGACUGAUGACAAACAUGACUACUGUUCCGGAUCUUCCUGCAUUUUACGUUUCGUCCUGUUUAUUUAUCUAGUUCCCUCUUUUCAGAUUAUUUCUCAAGUUAUUUGGUCAAUCCCAACAACCCUGAGGGCCUCAAAACAUACACUACUUAUAAGUAGUGCAUUCCGCCUAUACAUAUAUCGCGAUAUUCCGAAUAUCGUACCGACUGAAACAAGAGGUGGCUUGGUGCAGCACAUUCAGUUCUUUAAAAAGAACAUCAUAAACAAGAGAUUUAUCUGGGUUCCAGCCACAUUACGAACCAAGUUGUUAUUUCACACAAAUUUCCAAACGCGGAAAGUUUUUUCGCCCGUGAUGUUCUUGUCUGCUUUUGUUCAAAACACUGGAGAUCACCCCCAAAGGACUGUCGGCCCUGUCGCACACGACACCGAAAACAAAGAACAUGCAGUUUACGACAGGGCAACAUCCCGCGCAAGUACGCAAGUCAAUUUGGUUUUCACGGGAGACUCGAGUGAAUCUCUCGUUUAUGAUGUUUUUCAACUGAAUGUGCUGUACCCAGGCCGCCUCAUGUUUCAGUUGGCACGAUAUUCGAGACAUCGCCGUAUAUUUUUUUCAUAA